AACGAGGCAAAGCAGAAGCUGCGGAAGCGAGUGAAGGAGAAAAGCGAGUGGCAACAUUUCAUUAGAUCUGGAAAAACCCUAAUUUUUUCCCUGUCCCUUCUCUCUAACGCGCUCUGUGUCCCUCACUCGCCUCUUUGCGGUUCACUGCUUUUAUUUCGCGCGGAUUCCUCCCUCCGAAGAAUCGCUUUGAGGUUCCUUUUCUCUAAUCCAAUCUCCUUUUCUCUCUCUCUCUCUCUUCUCAAGCUUCUGGUUUCCUUUUCUGGUUUUUCUGUUUGGUUGCUGGGAAUAUGGUGAACGAGAAGUGGUCACCUUGCUUUGAUCGGAGUAGUAGUGUAUACUUGUUGCAUCAUGAUACUGACAUAACUGUACACGCGGGUCUCGAUUGGGUGACCGAAUUCCCCCUUCGCCUUCGACUCCUUUUGAGAAUGGAGGAAAAAACUGAAAAUUGAAAAGCUUGGCUGAGCUGGGUGUAUGAGAAUACUUGUAAAGAUGCAAUUCUGGAGGUGUCAGCUUCAGCUUUUGCUGAAAGAGGCAGGCAUAGGUGAUAUAACCGAGGCAUUUGCUAGAGUUCCUUGUUAAUUCAUCCCAUGGAUAUUGAUCUGAGGUUGCCUUCGGGUGGGCAUGAUAAGGAAGAUGAUGAAACAAAUGGAAUUGAUCAUAUGUUAAACGAAGACAAGCUGCAUAGUUCAGAGGCAGAGACUCUAACCAUGGUUAAUGUUUCAGAAGAUGUACAUGCUACAGAAGGUGGAAAUGUAAACUCCGCAAUGAGAGCCACUGAAAACAAAGAAGGAACAAAUCUUGAACCUCUUUCUGGCAUGGAAUUUGAAUCGCACAGUUCAGCAUAUGCAUUUUAUCAGGAAUAUGCUCGGUCCAUGGGGUUCAAUACUGCCAUACAGAACAGUCGUCGCUCAAAGACAUCUAGGGAAUUUAUUGAUGCAAAAUUUGCCUGUUCCAGGUAUGGAACGAAGAGAGAGUAUGAGAAGUCUUGUAACAAACCACGCUCUAGGCAGGAAAAGCAGGAACCUGAAAAUGGAACCAGCAGAAGAUCAUGCUCAAAGACCGACUGCAAAGCAAGCAUGCAUGUCAAGAGAAGGCCUGAUGGAAAGUGGGUCAUCCAUAGUUUCGUGAAGGAGCACAACCAUGAUCUCUUACCUGCCCAGGCUGUGAGUGAACAGACAAGAAAUAUGUAUGCUGCAAUGGCUAGGCAAUUUGCUGAAUACAAGAAUGUUGUUUGCCUCAAGAAUGACACCAAGAGCCCAUUUGAUAAACCUCGAUCUUCGGUACUAGAAGCUGGAGAUGCUAAGUUUUUGCUUGAUUUCUUAACACAAAUGCAGAGUUUAAAUUCCAACUUCUUUUAUGCGGUGGACAUAGGUGAAGAUCUACGUCUGAAGAACUUGCUUUGGGUCAAUGCUAAAGGUAGGCAUGACUACGUCAAUUUCUGUGAUGUUGUCUCCUUGGAUACCACCUACAUGAGAAACAAAUAUAAGAUGCCUCUUGUUCUCUUUGUUGGAGUGAACCAGCACUAUCAAUUCUUGCUGCUUGGAUGUGCUCUGAUAUCAGAUGAGAGCACAGCAACAUAUUCCUGGCUUAUCCAAAACUGGCUUAGAGCAAUGGGUGGGCGGGUGCCUACUGUUAUCAUCACUGACCAGGACAAAACAUUGAACUCGGUUAUUCCGCAUGCCCUUCCUGGUGCUCGUCAUUGCUUUUCUUUGUGGAGCAUUUUUGGGAAGGUUUCUGAGAACUUGGGUGAUGUGAUUAAACAGCAUGACAACUUCAUUAAAAAAAUCGAAAAAUGUGUCUUCAGGUCAUGGACAGAGGCAGACUUCAUCAAGAGGUGGUGGAAACUCCUUGAUAGAUUUGAGCUCCAAGGGAACGAGUGGAUGCAACCAUUAUAUGAAGAUCGUGAGAAAUGGGUGCCAUUGUACUUGAAGGGUGCUAAUUUGGGCGGAAUGUCCACAGUUCAAAGAUCCGACAGCGUGAACUCGUACUUUGACAAGUUUGUGCACAAGAAGAGCACUGUACAAGAGUUUGUGAAACAGUAUGAAGUUGUUUUACUGGAAAGGUAUGAGGAAGAAGCCAAAGCAGAAUCUGAUACAUGGAACAAGCACCCCGCUCUGAAAUCCCCUUCCCCAUUGGAGAAGAGUGUUUCAGGGUUGUACACUCUUGCCGUCUUCAAGAAGUUUCAAGUUGAAGUGUUGGGCGUAGUUGCUUGCCAUCCUAAACUGGAGAGUGAAGAUGAAACUAGUGUCGUUUUUCGAGUUCAAGACUUGGAGAAGCAGCAAGAUUUUUCUGUCAUGUGGAACCAAUUGAGAGCUGAAGUUUCUUGUAUUUGUCGACUACAAGAAUAUAAGGGUUAUCUGUGUAGGCAUGCAUUGGUUGUUUUGCAGAUGUGUCAGCAAUCUGCUGUCCCAUCUCGUUAUAUAUUAAAACGAUGGACCAAAGAGGCAAAGAGCAGGCAUCUUAGUAUGGGUGAAGAAGAAUCUGAGCAACUACAGUCUAGGAUGCAAAGGUACAAUGACUUGUGUCAAAGAGCAUUGAAAUUGAGCGAGGAAGGGUCAUUUUCACAAGAGAGUCAUAACAUCGCCCUUCGUGCUGUUGAAGAAGCUUUUGGAACUUGCUUAAGUGUCAACAAUUCUAGCAAGAGUGUCCCGGAUGCUGUUACAUCAACUGCACAUGGUCUUCUCUGCACCGAAGAUGAUAACCAAAGUAGGAGCAUGAACAAGACUAAUAAGAAAAAGAACCCUACUAAAAAAAGAAAGGCUGGGUUGGAGCCGGAGAUUGCAACAGUUGGGAUAGAAGACAGCAUGAUGGUGCAAUUCGUGUUCUGAACAACCUCCCCCUGAAACAUUCACAAUUUAAUAGUUUUCUUUGUUUUGCUACACAUGCACAACUGAUAUUCUUUAUUGCAGGAAAAGUUGAACUCUAGAGCUGUAUCACUGGAUGGCUUUUAUGGGUCACAACAGCCUGUGCCAGGGAUGGUUCAUAACUUUAUGGAACGUUAUUAUCAGCCGAGCAUACAAGGGCAGGGACAAAUGAACUCACUACCAGCGCAAACCCAUGAUGGUUAUUUCAGCUCCCAGCAAGGCCUUCCCCAUCCUCUGGGGGUAGAUUUCCUCAACAGAACAAUUGGUUAUUCUUUCGGAAUCCGGCAGGAUGAUUCUAAUGUGAGAACAUCCCAACUACAUGAUGAUGCAUCCAGACAUGUGUAGAAAAUGGACAACAGAGAAGCUGAAUAUGAGUGGUGCAAGAACAUAAGUCUGUAUAUUCUAGAUCAGAGGGUGUCCAAUGAUAAGGUGUUUCUGUUCAUGCCGUCUGCCAGAAUAAGAUGAUUUAGAGUUAUAACUUGCAUCUUAUCUCUAAUCGUAGUUGUAAAGCUUGUUUGUAAUGUUGUAUCCUGAUUGUUACGUUAAUGGAAAUCAUUGAAUGUGUUAGAGUAGAUGCUGUAUUUGCAUUUACCUCAAUUUUUUCUAGUUAGGGUCAAAAGAACAUGAGCGAGUUUUCUCUGCGAAUUGUGUUGUACAAUCUAAGUCUUUCUUUAAUAAGGCAUGAAUUCUCGUCGCCGGAACUCUUUUCAUUAGAAGAAAAAU